ACUUUGUACUAUCAGACGCUGUGGCUGACGACUUGUCCAGCAGUGUUGUAUAAUGGAACGCAACGGUGUUCCUCUAAAAAAGACCUUUACAUGUUUCUUCUUUUUGAGCUGAAGAUAGAGAAGUAGAGAUAUGGUGAGAUUUACAGCUUCCGUUAAGAUCUUAGAUGGGCAAGGAAUUAUUAGCCACGGUAGAUAAUGAGCCACGAGCCACGUCAGAGAGAGAGCUGCUGGCUGGAGUUACCAGAAUCCAGCGGACGACGCCGCUGCCGCCGGCGGCUCGGACCUGCGAGCGACCGCCUCUUCCUCUGGCUUCUUCCUUCUUGGCACGGGACUCCUUCCGCCGACCGCCCGGCCACGUCUUGGUCUCAACGGCGCACUCCUCGCCGAGCAUCGCCCGGCUGGCAUUUGCCGCUAGAAUCGGAUCGGGGGAUUCCGCCCGAGGGUAGGCGGCGGUGGAUCUCUGGCAAGUCUAGUUCCCACCCGACUGCUUCGUCACCAGAUCCGUCGUCCACUCGCCGCCGCGCCUAUAUAUACGGCAGAGCAGAGGCUAAGCUAGUUUUUUAAUGGCAAACAUAAAUAGUGCUUCACAUGAAGAUCUCCAUCAGACCAUGAUGAUGAAACCAAAGAGAAAGGGGCUUCAACUCACCAACCAACCAAAGGACAUUCUCUGCAGCAUCCUGUCACGGUUGCCUCUAAAGGAAGCUGUGCGGACGAGCAUACUGUCGGAACGGUGGAAACAUCUUUGGCGCUGCCACUCAAAUCUAGAAUUCAGUCUUAGAUCAAUGUUCCCAGGUCCUCGUACCAAUGGACCCAACGUUGUUAGGCCAUGGAAAGACGUGUUUAUUGAGAGAGUUGAUGCAGUCCUGCAGCAACACUCUGGUGCAGGGGUUGACAACAUUCAGUUCCAGGCUCCAUGUGACGAUGAGCAUGGGGAUCGGAUAGAGGGAUGGGUCCGCUUCGCCAUUGCUUCCAAGGCGAAGCAACUUAUUCUCGAUUUCUCAGGGACACACCAUAUCGAACAACAUCCUUAUAAAAUCGAUCUGCGGCUUCUCGAUGACAGUAAAAGCUUACACCUGCAAUCUAUAAAACUCUCUUCCGUUUCUCUAAAGGUGCCUGCGGAUUUCAAGGGUUUUCGGAACCUUAAACGGAUUUUCCUAGCAGACACGAAUAUUACCGACGGCGACCUUCAACAUUUGGUGUCCAACUGCACUAGUGUUUUGGAGUUCCUGGGAAUCGCUGGUUGUGGGAUGCUCACAAGGUUACAAAUAUCUCAUCUUUCAAACAAGCUUAAGCAUCUGCAAGUAUAUGACUGCCGUUUGCUUCAAGCAAUGGAGUUAAACUUUGGUCUGGCAAAACUGGAGUACAGAGGCCCAUCUAUAAUAUCGUUAUCGCCUCCUGGAACUUUACUUGUAGCAGAUAUAUGCAUCAAGCUGGAGGGUAUCUGUACUAAUUCUCUAGAGUACAUGUUCACAAAACUUUGUCAUAAUGUGCCCCGUGUCGAGAUUCUGACUCUAAGAUGCCGUGAGGGGAAGGUUCUUGAUUUCCGCCUUUUGUAUUAUAUUAGGCACAAUUCUCAUUUCCAUUUGGUAGCAUUCAUUCAUUCAGGGUCAAAACUCUUUCUGUUGAACUCCAUCCAUUUCCAUUUGGUAGCAUUCAUUCAUUCAGAGUGACAACUCUUUCUGUUGAACUCCAUCCAUUUCCAUUUGGUAACAUUCAUUCAGAUUUCAGAGUGACAACUCUUUUGUUCGAUCAUGGAAAAGAAAAGAGCUCUUUCUGUUCAGAGGUUGGCUUGCUAGCAUGUAUGUACUCCUCCCUUGGCCAGUUUAGUUUGUGCUCAUUUGGGGCAACUCAUUCAGGAAACUUGAAGGGGGGUUUGCUUGACGAUUCGAAAAGGAUUUGUGUAAGUAAUUUGAGUGGGCUCUCUUCCUUGUCUUUGGAUUUGAUUUGCUCCGGUCCAUUGCUUCUCUCGGUUAGUUUUGUUUCGUUUCGUGUUGCCAGCAGUGGUUUGCUGUUUAAUGUCAAAGAAUCCUGGUGUGUGAUUGAGCAACAGAGAAGUAGAAGGUGAUCG